GAUGGAUCUCCCGCCGCUCUCCCACCAGGCGCUCUUCGCGGCCGUCCGAUCCGCGGACGCCGCCGCCGUGCGCCGCCUGCUGAGCGACGCCGGGGCGUCCGGCUCCACCGCGCCGCUCGUCGCCGCGCAGACGGAGGCCGGGGAGUCCGCGCUCUACGUCGCGGCCGAGGCCGGCGCGCUCGAGGUCGUCCGGCUCCUCCUCCCGCUCUACGACCUCGAGGCCGCCACGCUCCGCUCCCGCCUCGACCUCGACGCCUUCCACGUCGCCGCAAAGCAGGGCCACACCGAGGUUGUCAAGGAGUUUCUGGGGCGGUGGCCCGAGCUCUGCUCAGUGUGCGACUCGUCCAACACUAGCCCACUGUACUCUGCUGCCGUGAAAGACCACUUGGACGUGGUGAAUGCUAUAUUGGACACUGACGAUAACUGCCUAAGGAUUGUGCGGAAGAAUGGCAAGACGGCGCUGCAUACUACUGUGAGAAUCGGGUACCAUCGCAUCGUCAAGGCACUCAUAGAGAGGGAUCCUGGGAUUGUUCCAAUCAGAGAUAGGAAGGGCCAAACUGCCCUUCACAUGGCCGUCAAGGGUAAAAACACGGAUGUGGUCGAAGAAUUGCUCAUGGCUGAUGUUUCCAUCCUCAACGUGCGUGACAAGAAAGCAAACACGGCUUUGCAUAUAGCUACACGGAAAUGGAGGCCCCAGAUGGUUCAACUUCUGCUUAGCUAUGAGACACUCGAAGUUAAUGCUAUCAAUAAUCAUAACGAAACAGCUAUGGACUUGGCUGAGAAGGUUCCAUAUGGUGAGUCUAAAAUGGAAAUAAUAGAGUGGCUGUCAGAGGCUGGCGCAAAGAAUGCAGUAAAUGUAGGUAAGGUUGAUGAAGCAUCAGAGCUAAGGAGGACUGUGAGUGAUAUCAAGCACAAUGUGCAAGCACAGCUCAACGAGAACGCCAAGACCAACAAAAGAGUGACAGGGAUUGCCAAAGAACUGCGGAAACUACACAGAGAGGCAGUUCAGAACACCAUCAACUCAGUUACUCUGGUAGCGAUCCUGAUUGCCUCCAUCGCGUUUGUUUCGAUAUUCAACUUGCCAGGCCAAUACUACCAGGAUACUAAAGAUGGGGGCGAAAUCGGUGAAGCCUACAUAUCCAAGCUCACCGGUUUCCGCGUCUUCUGUCUUCUGAACGCCAUCGCCCUUUUCAUUUCGCUCGCGGUGGUCGUGGUGCAGAUCACCCUGGUUGCCUGGGAAACUGGUGCGCAGAAGCAGAUCAUCAAGAUCGUAAAUAAGCUAAUGUGGUCAGCGUGCCUUAGCACGUGUGCGGCAUUUGUGUCAUUGGCUUAUGUUGUAGUUGGCCCGCAGCAUGCCUGGAUGGCUUUCACCAUAUCAGCUGUUGGAGGGCCGAUCAUGAUUGGGACCCUCUUGUUCCUGGCCUAUCUGUUGCUGCGCCCGCGGUUCAAGUUUGGCGAAGACAGGCAGCGGCGCAUCAGGAGGGCGAGCGGCAGCAAGUCCUUCUCCUGGUCUAUGCGAGAAGGGUUGUCAGACCUGGAAGCCGUUGAAGACCAUGAGAAGAAAAUCUAUGCUUUGUAGUGAGUAAGAAAUCCUUGUGUAGACGAUGUAAGAUGUAACAUUAAGAACAGGUAGUUGGGAGAAAACAAUCGCCUUGUACAUAUUUUCUCGGCUGUUUUAGGUCUGUGGUGAGGUACAGUACGCAGACCUUUUAUCUCUGCACCA